AUGAAGGGAGACUUCGUAAAGUUCAACAAUAACGGGGGCAGCGUCAACAAAGCGGAGCAUCGUGCUCAUUGCGAGAUUGCACAAGCGUUUUCGCAUUUCACAUUCGAUGAAAGCCACCGGGAGCUGCUGGUCGUGGACAUCCAAGGGGUGCCGGCAGUUGACGAGAAGACUGGAGGAAUCAAGUUGCACUUGACAGAUCCACAGGUGCACUGCCGGUAUGGGAACUACGAGUCCUUCGGUGAUGGUGACCUCAAAGAAGACGGUGUCAGGAAGUUCUUUGGGACACACGUGUGCAACCGUCUGUGCCGCAAAAUGAAGCUGCGCCCCGUCUCGGAGUACGACUUCAUCCCUCCAAAGGCGGUGGUGCAGUUUCCCGGUGUCUCAGAGGCGUUCCUCUGGACGUUAACAGCCGAGACACUGAAGACUGUCCGCGCCAAGUAUGGCCUGGCUGAAGUGGUCUUUCCCAAUUCCAUCAUUGGACCACUGCUGGAAGCAAAGCUGUGGGGCCGCACACGUGACACCAGCCGGGCAAAAGAGGCAAGUCGAGAAGUCGUUUGGUUAAUGGUGGGUUGUCGGAUUCGUGUUUUGGGCGUUUGGAAGCGUCCGAGGGUAGGUUAG